UGAGCGAUCAGCCGAUUGAAUGCAGCCUCGGGGAUCAUCCCCAUCGGGGAAGUGCCACGCGUGUUCAGGAAACCUCCUCCGGGGUCUCAGAGCUUCGUGCCCCUCCUGCCUGCUCUGGCGGCUUCGGACAGUGGCUCAAUCUAUGCCCUUUUCGUCUGAGAAGUGAUGACAGUCACUUUCUUCAUAGCAUUGUGGGGAUUAGAUAAGUCCAGUCUGCCACAAUCCCUCUGUUCAUGAAAAACAAAGAUGUCGCUGCAGAAGCUGUAACAGGUAGUGGGAAAACCCUGGCUUUUGUCAUCCCCAUUGUGGAGAUUCUUCUGAGAAGGGAAGAGAAGUUAAAGAAGAGCCAGGUGGGAGCCAUUGUCAUCACCCCCACUCGGGAACUGGCCAUUCAGAUCGAUGAGGUCCUGUCACACUUCACGAAGCACUUCCCACAGUUCAGCCAGAUUUUGUGGAUUGGAGGCCGGAACCCUGGAGAAGAUGUAGAGAGGUUCAAGCAGCACGGUGGGAACAUCAUUGUGGCAACCCCAGGCCGCCUGGAGGACAUGUUCCGGAGGAAGUCUGAGGGCCUGGACCUAGCCAGCUGUGUGAAGAGCUUGGAUGUCCUGGUGUUGGAUGAGGCAGACAGACUUCUUGACAUGGGCUUUGAAGCAAGCAUAAACACAAUCCUGGAGUUUUUGCCAAAGCAGAGGAGAACAGGCCUUUUCUCAGCCACGCAGACACAGGAAGUGGAGAACUUGGUGAGAGCAGGCCUCCGGAACCCUGUCCGAAUCUCUGUGAAGGAGAAGGGCGUGGCAGCCAAUAGCACCCAGAAGACACCAUCCCGCCUGGAGAACCACUACAUGAUAUGUAAGGCAGAUGAGAAAUUCAAUCAGCUGGUCCAUUUCCUCCGGAACCAUCAGCAGGAGAAGCACCUGGUUUUCUUCAGCACAUGUGCAUGUGUGGAAUACUAUGGAAAGGCCCUAGAGGUGCUGUUGAAGAGAGUGAAGACCCUGUGCAUCCAUGGAAAGAUGAAAUACAAGCGCAAUAAGAUCUUCAUGGAGUUCCGAAAGCUUCAGAGUGGGAUCUUGGUGUGCACUGACGUGAUGGCCCGGGGGAUUGAUAUUCCUGAAGUAAACUGGGUGUUACAGUACGACCCUCCCAGCAAUGCCAGUGCCUUCGUGCAUCGAUGUGGACGAACAGCCCGAAUCGGCCAUGGUGGCAGUGCUCUGGUAUUCCUACUCCCGAUGGAGGAGGCAUAUAUCAACUUCCUGGCCAUCAACCAGAAAUGCCCCCUGCAGGAGAUGAGCCUCCAGAGAAACACAGUAGACCUUCUGCCGAAGCUCCGGGCCAUGGCCAUGGCUGACAGGGCAGUGUUUGAGAAGGGCAUGAAAGCCUUUGUGUCCUUCGUCCAGGCUUACGCAAAGCAUGAGUGCAGCCUCAUCUUCAGGCUGAAGGAUCUUGACUUUGCUAGCCUUGCUCGAGGGUUUGCCCUGCUGAGGAUGCCCAGGAUGCCAGAACUGAGGGGGAAGCAGUUUCCAGAUUUUGUGCCCAUGGACAUCGAUACUGACACGAUUCCAUUUAAAGAUAAAAUUAGAGAAAAACAGAGGCAGAAACUUUUGGAGCAAAAAAGAAAGGAAAGAACAGAAAAUGAAGGGAGAAGAAAAUUCAUCAAAAAUAAAGCUUGGUCAAAGCAGAAGGCCAAAAAGGAAAAGAGGAAGAAGAUGAAUGCCAAGAGGAAAAGAGACGAGGAUUCUGAUGUCGAUGACGAGGACAUGGAGGAACUCCUUAACGAUACAAGGCUCUUGAAAAAGUUUAAGAAAGGUAGAAUCACAGAAAAAGAAUUUGAGAAGAGGCUGCUGACAAGUGCCAAAGGAACAGUCCAGCUGACAGACCUAGGGGUGUCAGACUCGGGAGAGGACAGCUGACCUCAGAGCCUCAGGUGAAGGUCCUCACACUGCUGGCCCACACUCCUGCCCUCCCCGGAAGACUGUUCUGGAAAGCUGUGUGUGCAGAUGGGCGAAGCCAAAGGACUGCUACAUGAACACUAUAAUCCCACCAGGGUCUCACAGAAGCCUUUCAUUAUUUGAGUGUAAAAACAGAUAUCAGUAUUUAUUUUGACUAA